GCGCAGAUUGCAGAGCGCACAUCUGCCCUGUAGCGCGCACUCCUCCUCUACUUUCUCACCGUACUUGUUGGCUCGAGAUUGUUUCGAUGGAAAGGAUUAUUUUACCACUUUGUCCUAAAUCCGAAGAGACAUAAAAGUCAAGUUAUUCCACUUUUUUUUUUUUCUGGUCUCGAUAAUCAGCGCUCCUGGUUUCUCAACUUCAAUCACUGAUCGGCUCAAACAAAAGAGAAAAUAAUGAGCAACAGAGAUCGCUGGAGGGUGUAUAAGAGGGCGAGCGUCAUGUUUUUCCUGGCUGGGGUGGCGCUGACUGUUGUGCAAAGAGGCAGCAUCAGUAUGGGGGCUCCCUUUGAACUGGAGAGGCAGGCUCGCAUGCAUGGCUCUCAGGGAGCUGAGCCCGGAGCUGCUCUGGAAAAGAACACCGACUCGUACCUGAGGAUGAAAGGCUUCUGGAAGACUGGCAGACACCACCCGCCCCCUAAAGCUCGGACCAACACAGAGCAGCCUGGAACCAGCGACGACAGCAGCCCCAGAACCUGGGAUGUGACCAGCUCCAACUGCAGCGCCAACCACAACCUCUCGAGCCAGGAGUGGUUCAAGGGGCUGGAGGACAAUUUCAAGCAGUUUUUGCUUUAUCGCCACUGCCGGUAUUUUCCUAUGACACUCAACCACCCAGAGAAGUGCACGGGGGAGAUCUAUUUGCUCAUGGUAAUUAAAUCGGUGGCUACCCAGCAUGACCGCAGGGAGGUCAUUCGGAAAACCUGGGGCAAAGAGCAGGUGGUGGAUGGCAAGAGGAUAAAGACCCUCUUCCUUCUCGGUAAGUCCUCCAAUGAGGCGGAAAAAGCGAACCAUCAGAGACUUGUGGAGUAUGAAGACUACAUCUAUGGGGAUAUUCUCCAGUGGGACUUCUUAGAUAGCUUCUUCAACCUGACGCUCAAGGAGACCCACUUCCUCAAGUGGUUCCACACUUACUGCCCCAACGUGCAGUACGUCUUCAAGGGGGAUGAUGACGUGUUCGUCAGUGUGGACAACAUCUUUGAGUUCCUAGAUAGUAGCAAACACAAUAAGAACCUGUUUGUGGGGGAUGUGAUUUUCAAAGCUAGGCCCAUUCGUAGAAAGGAAAACAAAUACUACAUCCCCCAGGCUAUGUACAAUAAGACGCUUUACCCUCCAUACGCAGGGGGAGGGGGUUUCCUGAUGGAUGGGACCCUGGCGAGGAGGCUUUACUGGGCUGCAGACACCCUGGAGCUCUACCCUAUUGACGACGUUUUCUUGGGCAUGUGUCUUGAGGUGCUCCAGGUGACUCCUGUGAAACACAAUGCCUUUAAGACGUUUGGCUUGGUGAAAAAUAAGAACAGUAAGUUGAACCGAGAACCUUGUUUCUUUAAGAGCAUGAUUGUGGUGCACAAGCUGCUCCCGUCGGACCUCAUGCACAUGUGGAAUCUGGUCAACAGCGACCUGGUAUGCUCGAAGAAAGUGGAGCUCCUAUAGCUUGACGAGAACACCGAGAUAAGGCCGGCACCAAGUGGCUGAGCUUUACCUCGGUGGAUGCCAAUAGGAAGUACAGCACAUUACAUGAGAGGCAGACUUCCCCAUCUCUCCUUUAUGUGGAGAGGUGCCAGGAUAAUAUUUGAAUCUGCUUUUUCUGAACAUUUAUGCAAUUUUCGGAGGACCUUCUUCUAAAGUCUAGUAAAUUAUGUAAAGAUUUUUUUAGGGGUUGACACAGAAUUACGUAUUUAUAUUAGCUUUUUGAAGGACUCACACUGUCAGCGUGCAGAUUCAGUGACGACAACCUGGUGGAGCUGAUGCAUUGAUCGAGAUGUCAACUAAGGAGGACAAUUACUUGUUCUACACUUCAAGGCAUCUUAUUCUGCAUAAUAGUCUAAUGUGAUGCAAAUCUUUGAAAAGGGUCCUCCCAUUCUCUGUGGCCAGCACCGAUUCUUCCUCUUCCUUCUGCUUUUGUACGGCUGAGAAUCAGGAACCAAGAUCCUCGUGGCGGGGACCUGUCACUAAAUCACCAAUGAUAGUGAGUCCAUGAAUGUGAAUACACUUUGAAUAUUUAAGGUAAAAUUCAUUACCAGGACAGGUGAUUAAAAAAUCAUAAAUUAGUUUUAUCUGCUGUAACAUAUUGUGCUUUUAGAUGAAUCAGAGGGAAAUAAUAUUUGGUUUAGAUUGAUAUUGAAAAUGUAAGAGCAGUUAGUAUUAGCGAGUGCCCCAGAAGCUUUGGUUUGAAAGCCACUGCACUUGGACCAGUAUGCUGCAAUGGCUUCAAAUGGCUUCAAAGUUGGAGAAAGACACAACUCUCUCUACCUCAGUGAUUCGGGCAGAAAAUCCUAAUUUUAUCAUUGGUCACCAUUCGAACUACAACAUUGCGUGUUUUAUAUAUGCAGUACAUUUUCCUAAAGUAAGAUUUAAAUCACCAUUUCUGUGUUGUAGAGGUUCUUGCAUUCAUUGUUUUGAAAUGUGUCUGAUUUGAUCCGGAUGUCUACUGCAUAUACACUACUGGAAAAAGCACAAAAAAAAAACCACUUGUUAUGCAUAUGCUGUCCAUAAGUUUGAAUGUGCUGAUAUACUUGACAUGGAUUUGGUAGAGGGUUUAAAAUGACACUGUGAACUAAAACUAUUGCUGGUACGAGAAUAUGACAUGCUAAUUUAACCGUCCCCCACUAAAAAGGGGGCAAAUUUGGGGUUCUUACAUUUAAUUUAAAGCAACAGAUGAACAUAUUAAUGGAACGCUAAAUGAUUAUAAAUCUGAACGCUGUGGGUGUAGUGUGCGAUGAUUAUGUGUAGAUGGUGUAAAUAUAUGUAAAAAUCAACAUGUACAUAGAAUGUUAUUUGUAAAUAAACGCCUUGGCAAUA